CAAGGAUCAUUCAGUUGGGGGUUCAUAUUUGGGCUGUGAGCCAAUGGGACUCUUCUGGGGACUGCAGCCGGCUCCUGGAGCAAGAGAAGGUUUAAGGCAGAUUGAGAAAAAAAAACGUGGAGAUUCCAUACGUAGUGCACAUGUCCUUACUGGAGGGGCAUGUGUCGCCCGGUGAGGGACAGAGCACUGAGCUGGCUGCUGUAACCACUGAGCGCUGGUACACGGCACCGGGCGUAAAGAGAAUAAAGAUUCGGCAAAAUGGAAUUGUAGGGACGUUGUUCUUACCCCCUGGUCCGGGCCCAUUUCCAGCCAUGUUGGACCUGUGGGGAAUGGGUGGAGCGCUGGUCGAGUACCGCUCGGCCCUGUUUGCAUCAAGAGGUUAUGCCAGCUUGUCCAUUGCCUACAUAGGGCACAAAGAAUUACCUGGCCCACAAAACCGCAUCAAUGUCGGGGCUUCAUAUUUCAAUUCAGCCUUCGACCUACUUCGGGAUCAUCGUCAGGUCUGUGCCGACAGAGUUGGUAUCAUCGGUCUGUCAUUUGGAGUUUACCUAGCUCUUCGAAUUGCCACUGAGACUGGUGCCAAACCAUCUUGUUUGAUUUGUAUCAACGGGCCAAUAGGAAGUGCCAUCAGGCUCUCAGAUGCAGACGGCAGGACGGAAAACUUUGAAGGACAACAGAAAUAUUGGACGUAUAAUGAUCAAGGCCAUGUCAGUUUCAGAGACAUCUCCUUGCCUGCUAACCUUCCUCCUGAGAGCAAAGUGAAGCUAGAGAACCUCGCCUGCCCAUUAAUGUACAUAGUGGGAGAAGAUGACCUGAGCGCUUCAAGCAUAGAGAACGCAAACCUGAUCGAGGAGACCCUGAGGGCUGCAGAUAAAUCCCAGCUUUUCACUCGUUUGUCCUACCCUGGUGCUGGUCACCUGAUUGAACCACCUUACUCACCAAAUUCAAGAAUCUCAUUAUGGAGCGUCAAACCAAAAAAAUUGAUCACUCUGUGGGGAGGUCAUCUCGCGCCCCACGCUGCUGCCCAGGAAGAUGCCUGGAAGAAGAUCCUCGAUUUUAUGGAAAACAAUCUGAGAAGAUGAACCUGUGGUGAAGUGGACUUGUCGAUAGAAAGUACCUCGUCACGCAUGUGUCUGUGAAAGGCUGCAUGUAGCUGAGAGAGUUUUACAUGCAGAGAACUGAGGGAGGAAAACAAACUUUUGCUGUCCUGUGGUGUGCAGCUCACUCAGAUACGCUCACAUUCAGCAGAUUCUCCACAAGGGGGAGCUGCCAUGCCAAAAUACACCAUCAACAGAGAAGGACACUCAUCCCUGCUGCAUUAAAUUUAUGGUUCUUCAUGUGUUUCAGCAUUUUUGCAUUUUAUUUUAUGCAACAAAUUUUAUUACACUGAACAGAGGAUAUAAUAACGAUCAGCCAUCAAAGUUGGUCUAAAUCUACACAGAUGUCCCGAUGAUGUGCACAUCAUUCAGUCCCACUUAUAAAUUUCAGACACUCUG